AUGGUUCGCAAUACCUUCCUUGUGAACAGAAGUGGUACCACGCAGAAGGAAUUCUGUGAACUGAAGAUAGGGAAGAUGAACGCCGUUUUUGGCACAAGGGCUUUCACGGGAAAUAAUGCAUCACCGGCACCUGCCGUAAAUAUCCAAAGUGUAGCACCUCCCUUCCUCGAGUAUUCUGCAAUGCACCUCUUCUUCCGGAUCAGGGAGGAGCGGACGGGAAAUUUACAACUAAGGAAGGUGCAGCACAACGACAAACGAGUUGCAUUUGAGAAUGAGCGAUGUCGCGAGGAGGAGCAUGCGCCUUCCUGCGUUACGACAUGA